GAUGACAGUUCGGCGCAUGGCACACAAAGCUGUGUAUGCGCUCUUUGUGUCACAACACGCAGUAUGCGACUAUGAGACAGACGCUAACAAAGAAAACUUUAAACUCUUAUGGAUUUUUGUUAUAAACGCGGGAAUUUAUUUUUCACAUCAACUUUUGAUAAUAUUUAAUUCUGACAGUUGUUCUCGAUGUUUUCAGAAAAACUGGCCUCCUGGGGAUAAGGUAAAAAAAUGUGUUGAUGGUGAUUUCCUUGUGAUUGGUAGUCAGCGAAGGGGCUCCUGUCAAAUAAAGUCAUGGUGCUCAUUCUGGGUCGUCGUCCAAAUCAUGAGAACUCUGGUGGUGUGCCAGCAUCUCCGGCAAUCAAGCGUAAAGUCCUUGAGAUGGACUCCAAGAACCUGAACGAUGUUUACAACUUCACCUCCGGUUCACACGCCGAGAGCAUUCUUCAGGUCUUCAACGAGUUCAGAGACAGUCGUCUCUUCACGGAUGUGAUCAUCAGCGUCCAGGGUCGUGAGUUUCCCUGCCACCGAGCCAUGCUGUCGGCAUGCAGCAGCUACUUCCGUGCCAUGUUCUGCAACGACCAUCGGGAAAGCCGGGAGAUGUUGGUGGAGAUCAACGGCAUCCAGGCGGAUGCCAUGGACACGUUCCUGCAGUACGUGUACACAGGCCGUGCUUGCAUCACCACGCACAACGUCCAGUUCCUAUUCGAGACUUCCAGCCUCUUCCAUAUUGUGACACUGCGGGACGCGUGUGCGAAAUUCCUGGAGGAGCAGCUGGACCCGUGCAACUGCCUCGGAAUCCAGCGCUUCGCAGAUGCCCAUUCGCUCAAACAGCUGGCCAGCCGUUGCCGUGCCUUUGCCACGCAGAAUUUUCCAGAGGUGGCGCAGCAUGAAGAGUUUUUAGACCUGCGCAAGGAUGAACUGGAGGAAUAUUUAGGUAGCGACGAGUUGUCUGUCGGUAGGGAGGAGGUUGUGUUCGAGGCCGUGAUGCGUUGGGUCUACCACAGCGUGGAGUACCGCAGGCCCGUGCUGAAAGACCUGCUGCAACAUGUCCGACUGCCUCUCCUGCACCCAAACUACUUUGUACAGACGGUGGAAGGUGAUCAGCUGAUACAGAAUGCUCCAGAAUGUUACCAGCUGCUGCAUGAGGCACGUCGAUACCAUGUACUUGGCAAUGAGAUGAUGUCACCACGUACCAGACCCCGCAGGUCCACAGGAUUUUCCGAGGUCAUUGUUGUGGUGGGGGGCUGCGAGCGAGUCGGGGGGUUCAAUCUGCCCUACACAGAAUGUUACGACCCCGUGACGGGAGAGUGGAUGUCUCUUGCAAAACACCCGGAGUACACGAAGUCUGAGUAUGCGGUCUGCGCCCUCCGCAAUGACAUUAUCGUGUCAGGUGGACGCAUCAAUACUACUUACGUAUGGAUGUACAACUCUCAGCUCAAUCUAUGGAUCAAAGUGGCGUCUCUCAACAAAGGCAGAUGGAGACACAAGAUGACUGUGCUUCUGGGAAAGGUAUAUGCAGUUGGAGGUUACGAUGGACAGUGCAGUCUCAGUAACGUGGAGGUGUAUGACUCCUUCUCCAAUCGCUGGACUGAGGUGACACCUAUGAAAGAAGCCGUCUGCUCCCCGGCGGUCACCAGUUGUGCAGGAAAACUCUUCGUGAUUGGAGGACAGCCUAAUGAAAACAGCUGCUCCAACAAGGUCCAGUGUUAUGACCCGGAGUCUGAUAGCUGGGAGCUGAAGGCAUGUGUCCCCUUUACCAAGCCUAACAUAUCUGCUGUCUCUCUCAAUAACCUCAUCUAUGUGUGUGGAGGCCUGACCAAAGCAAUCUACUGCUACGAUCCUUCACAGGACCACUGGAUGCAUGUGGUCAACACCUUUCACAGACAGGAAAGUUGCGGGAUAUCAGUUUGUAACGGAAAAAUCUUCAUCUUGGGUGGGCGAGGAGAGAACGGUGAAGCCUCUGAUAAUAUCCUAUGCUAUGACCCCUCCUGUGGCAUCAUCACGGGCGUGGCUGCAAUGCCACGUCCCAUCACCUACCACGGUUGCGUGACCAUACACCGUUUCAGCGAGAAGCAACACAAACUCUGAUAGCAUCCACAAACACGAUGUGUACACUAGAGGUCUUUCUCGGAUCCAAAUAUCUAUACCUGACCCGAAAUGACCCAAAUCACUUUUUACCCGACCCUGACAGCAAUUUUUUAUGAACCUGGCUGGACCGGAAUAUAAACGUGUGCAGCCUGCAGGCCCGCACAAAUACGCCACUUUUUGCGCACAAAAUAUAAUACACGCUUAACCACCAACACUAAACUUAACUAAAGGGUAACACUACAUAUCAUAUGCACACAAAAGGUAACUUCUGCGUAUCAAUAGCACAAACAUAAAGCAAAUACAAACAUAAACUUGUGCUAUUGAUACGCAGUAGGCCUACUGGGAGAUCAAAUCCCAGUAGCCUGAUGACCAAUUAGGUCGCUGCUCUGUUCAUUUUCAAUUAUUUAAUUACUUAUUUAUUUUUACUUCAUAUAAUUGUCUGGCCAAUGCACAAACAUGAUUUCUAAAUUUUGCUUUCCGUUGUGACCAGUAGAUUUAAAACAAAUGACGUCGAUAGCUUUACAAUUCGUGGAUUCUAGUGUUGCAAUGUUAUGUAACGCAUCUCUGAUUAUACACGUACACCAGUGGUUCCCAAACUGGGGCAAGUGAAAUGGUGCAAGGGAUCCCAGUUUUAUGACAUUUUAUAAAAUACAAUACUUUAUAAAUUCUUUGUAAUCAAAAUAUAGCCACCAACCAACAGCACUACAUUGUAUCAUAUAAUGUUUUGUUACAUUCAGAUUUUGUUUGAGAUCGUUUUAUGUCAUGAAUUUUCUUUGGGAGGAAGACUCAGAAAAGUUUGAGAACACUGACUUGCACAAACUAGCGAGUAUUCUCACGAAAUCCAGAUUUAGGAGGUGUCCAGCAUCAGAAUUUUUAAAAAGCCUUUUUUUUUGCACAUGUAAGAUUAAGGUCUGAAGUAACUAUAACCAUUAUUUUUAGAGGAUUUACAAAAUAUUUCCUAUAGAAUUAAUUUUUUUUGAUUAUCAUUAUCAAAAAUUAUCAUUACCGCAACAUGAUAUUACAUUAAAUAUAUGCAUUUACAAACUCAUGUUUCGGUAAUGAGAACUAAAAAGUUGUUUAGGUACUAUGACAAACAAAAUUUUAACUUUUAUCUGGAGAGAAAAAAUAAGAACUGCUUACCUGGUAGCCAUCUUGAGUGUCACAGUCAAUUAUGUCCCUUCCAACUAAUUUUUAAAAAAAUGUUAGUUCCUUGAGGGCUUAAACAAUGAUUGAAAAUUGUUGCGGAGGAUGAGAAAAUUGGUCUUGGACACAUUUAUAUUCCUUAUUAUUUUCUUUACAUUUACCAAUGAUUACCAAAUACCACAUGUUUCUUUACUGUAAAUCUUUCUAGUAUAACAUGCACUGAAGCUUUUUAUUUUUUAGAUUUUUUAAUUAUACAUUUUCCAUGUCAAAGAAACAAAAUCCAGUCAUGGACACGUUGCGGUAAUGAAAAUUUUCCACUUAAAUGUGGAAAAAAAACAACAAAAUUGAUUUGUAUGAUGUCCCUUCCAACAAAUUUUUUAAAUGUUAGUUCCUUAAGGGCUUAAACAAUGAUUGAAAAUUGUUGCGGAGGAUGAGAAAAUUGGUUUUGUACACAUUUAUAUUCCUUAUUAUUGUCUUUACAUUUACCAAUGAUUACCAAAUACCACAUGUUUCUUUACUGUAAAUGUUUUUAGUAUAACAUGCACUGAAGCUUUUUAGUUUUUAGAUCUUUUUAAUUAAAUUAAUAAAUAUUUCCAUGUCAAAGAACCCAAAUCCAGUCAUGGACACGUUGCGGUAAUGAAAAUUUUCCCCUUAAAUGUGGAAAAAACAACAAAAUUGGUUUGUAUGAUGUAAUUUGAAA